CUGUUCUCAGUGAGCAGAAUUCCAUCUGGAAAACCAAGGUGGGGAGGGAGGGAGAGAGAGAGAGAGUGAGCGAGUUUCAGGCAUUCGAGCUGCUGCUCGAUUUUCCCUCGCAUGCAAUUCGGAUUUUGCGUGCUGGUUUCUCGUAGAUCUACGAUUCUACACUAGAUUACAGCUCGAAAUUCAGCUUCUCCCAGCUUGAAUUUAUUGUGUCGAAGGUUGUUUUCAGUGCCAGUCUACUGCAUUUUGUGCGUUGUUGGUCAAAUCGAUGCUUUUAUCUAAGAAUCGGUGGAUUCUGAAGAGGUGUUGUGUAAGGCUUCAGUUGGUGUCUUGGGUUCAUUUGCGACUCAAGUUUUAGUUUUGGAAAGAACCUUCCAACUCAAAACGAUGGGUUGCUGAUCGGCAAUUCAACCAUAUCAUAUGAUUUACCAGUUCUGAACACUGGGGGUCGGAUCAUGGUGGUCGAGUCAUUGGCGUUACUGCUCUUCUGAUCAAUUGAGAAUAUUUCAUCUGCACAGUUGGGAGCUAACACAGUAGAUCAAAAAAGAUGCUGGAAUGUUCUUCCCGUUUCCUGUCUCCCUUCCGCGAAGAAAGCGGUGAUGAAGAGUUGUCUGUGCUUCCUCGGCACACGAAAGUCAUUGUUACAGGGAACAACCGGACAAAAUCUGUUCUAGUGGGUCUGCAAGGGGUUGUCAAAAAGGCUGUUGGACUCGGCGGUUGGCACUGGCUGGUUCUAAAGAAUGGGGUCGAAGUUAAGCUACAAAGAAAUGCUUUAAGCGUGCUGGAACCUCCUACUGGGAAUGAAGAAGAUGAUGAAGAUAAUGACUUGGAUAACUCUUACAGUAGCUCCGACAUGGGCGAGAAGGAGCAUGAUUUAUCCAGUAGUAUUGAGUUUCACAAACCAAGCAAGCCAAGAAUUAGGCAUGCACGGCCAUGGAUAUCUUCAUCAAAAUCAACUAACCGGAGCAAUUUCAGAGAAGUUCAUGGGAACAGAAGCAACAGCAGAGAGGUUCAGUCAAAUAUUCACAAGCCUCAUGUGAAAGUGAACUUGGCCAGACUAGGAUCGAACUCAUUGUGGAGAUAUUGUAGACGUUUUAACCUUAUGAGCAUGAACUCAAAUCCAUCCAAAGAUCAAAUGGUUGAUGCUGUCCGAAGACACUUUUCAUUGAUGCAAAUGAACGAAGUUGAUGUCAUCGAGGAAUUCAUACAAGCAGCCAAGAGGUUGAAAGGAGUAGACAUGUAGGAGGUGAUUACAGAGAUAACAACUCCAUGAUUUCCUCGUUUGUAAUAUAAUAUAUAUUUUAUGUCUAACCUACAGAACAAACUCUGAUUGGGCGAGCCCAAUCCAUCGUCUCAAUUUUCUAACAUUGUAAUAUAUGGGCUACGAUGAACCUUAGUUCUGUUUUUAAUUUUGAGAAUCAAAUUUUGAGCAAGAUUGGUCUCAAA